UAUGCGUUGAACCCUCGUCUACUUCCGCUCGGGUCAGUCUACGUCGUGCUGUCAGCACCUCCGAUCUACACACACUAACAAGGGGAAUAACCAUUUCUCUCAGUAGCAUCACGUCUGUAGAAAUACCUCCACUGCUCGCUACUACCUACCAGAAUGAAUGUGGGUGUGGCACACAGUGAGGUGAACCCAAACACUCGGGUAAUGAACAGUCGAGGGAUCUGGCUGACCUAUGCGCUUGGUGUGGGAAUACUUCACAUUGUGCUCUUGAGUAUACCCUUCUUCAGUGUGCCAGUGGUGUGGACUCUAACUAAUGUCAUUCACAACUUUGGAAUGUAUGUCUUUAUGCAUGCAGUAAAAGGGACGCCCUUUGAGACCCCUGACCAAGGGAAGGCCAGACUUCUUACACACUGGGAACAGCUUGACUACGGCGUGCAGUUCACUUCAUCUAGAAAAUUCUUCACCAUCUCCCCAAUCAUUCUAUACUUCCUGGCAAGUUUCUACACAAAGUAUGACACAACACACUUUGUCAUAAACACUGCCUCACUUUUGAGCGUCCUGAUUCCCAAGCUGCCACAGCUACAUGGAGUGAGAAUUUUUGGCAUCAACAAGUAUUAAGAUAUUGUAAAUGCUGUACCUCAUAGCAACCGAAAUUAAUUCCUAUGUAGUCUGUACCGCCGGUGUGUGUGCUAAGUCGUACAGUUUGUGUAAAUGUCACUGUCGUCGUUAGAUUUAUCAGGUUGAAGAUGAUAUGUUUAACAAACACAGGAGUAUGUUUGUAGAUGACAAGAUGCCAUAUGCAUUACUAACUUAUGUGAAUAUUUAAUGAUGUAUUUUUGGCCUGCAUAGACCUGGGCUGGCCCAGGCAUCAGCAAGGCUUUUGGUUGACUUUUUUUUUUUUUUUCUUUCUUUCUUUCUUUCUUUCUUCUUUGCCCUUAAUUCACAUGGUGUGAGUAUGAGUCUGUUUCUAGUCAAAAAGAUGUCCCAAUGUAUUUUUCAAAGAUGUUUACUUCCUAAGGAUAGGAGCCUGUGGCUCAUUUAUUGGUACUCUGAUUUUGUAAUGGGUCAAACUAGUUCAUGCUGAGUGAAGAAUGGAGUCGUACUCUUUAUUUGCAUGAUUUCCUUGGUAUAUGAAUCAUUUCUCACUUGUGAUUCAAUCAAAACAGGGCAAGUUUUUCAUGUACAGUUUUUUUGUGAAUGUUAUGUCCUGUAUGUUAAAAUAAAAGUCCUGUAUGUAGAAUUGAGACAAACUGUUGUUGUCAGAUUAAGUGUUUAGUGAGGGAGGUCUACAGCGUCUUUGUGAUAAAAUUACACUUAUGUAGCUGCUCUCUUCAGAUUAGGACUUUUUGCUAUCAUCAAGGCAGCUAGUUCUGCUUUGUUUGGCCAUAGCUCAUAGUUCUCAUGACUCAUUUCUCAUUUCUUGUUCUUAAUCUUAUUAAAAUCUUUGUGCCCUCCAAA